GCUCGGCCGCCAGCACUAAAGAUGGAGAGGCGCCGGGGCCUCGCAGGGGAGGGGGCUUGGCGUUGACGUGGGACGCGGCGGAGGCGCCGCAGCCGGUGGUGAUUUGCUAACCUCGCAGCAGAGAAGAGUUGAGGGCGAUGAGAGCGGGUACUGCGAACUGCCGGGCGAUGCCGCCGCUGCCGCCUUGAUACCGAGAGCAACAGUUCCCCAGCAACACCCCUCCCCGACGCAGGCACACACCCCUCAAGAGGCACGCACACCCACCCCACAGCGCCCGGCUCGGCAGCGACCUCUCUGUUGGCCCAGGAAACUCACCCUGCCCCACCACGCAGAGCCAGCAAGGAAAGAGAGCCUCAUGCCUAAGCCGCGGGGAGCACCAUGGAUCUGACGAAGAUGGGCAUGAUCCAGCUGCAGAACCCCAGCCACCCCACAGGGCUCCUGUGCAAGGCCAACCAGAUGCGGCUGGCCGGGACCUUGUGUGAUGUGGUCAUCAUGGUGGACAGCCAGGAGUUCCACGCCCACCGGACUGUACUGGCCUGCACCAGCAAGAUGUUUGAAAUCCUCUUCCACCGCAACAGCCAGCACUAUACUCUGGACUUCCUGUCGCCAAAGACCUUCCAGCAGAUUUUGGAGUAUGCGUACACGGCCACGCUGCAAGCCAAGGCAGAGGACCUGGAUGACCUGCUAUAUGCAGCCGAGAUCUUGGAGAUCGAGUACCUGGAGGAGCAGUGCCUGAAGAUCCUGGAGACCAUCCAGGCCUCAGAUGACAAUGACACGGAGGCCACCAUGGCGGACGGCGGGGCCGAGGAGGAAGAGGACCGCAAGGCUCGGUACCUUAAGAACAUCUUCAUCUCGAAGCAUUCCAGCGAGGAGAGUGGGUAUGCCAGUGUGGCUGCACAGAGCCUCCCUGGGCCCAUGGUGGACCAGAGCCCUUCAGUCUCCACUUCAUUUGGUCUUUCAGCCAUGAGUCCUACCAAGGCUGCAGUGGACAGCUUGAUGACCAUAGGACAGUCUCUCCUGCAGGGAACUCUUCAGCCACCUGCAGGGCCUGAGGAGCCAACACUGGCUGGAGGUGGGAGGCACCCUGGGGUGGCUGAGGUGAAGACAGAGAUGAUGCAGGUGGAUGAGGUACCUGGCCAGGAUAGCCCUGGGGCAGCCGAGUCCACUAUCUCAGGUGGGAUGGGGGACAAGAUGGAGGAAAGGGGCAAAGAGGGGCCCGGGACCCCGACUCGCAGCAGCGUCAUCACCAGUGCUAGGGAGCUGCACUAUGGGCGUGAGGAGAGCGCUGAGCAGCUGCCACCUCCAGCAGAGGCUGGCCAAGGUCCCCCGGGCCGACCAGAGCACCCCGCGCCCUCAGCUGAGAAACAUCUGGGUGUCUACUCUGUGUUGCCCAACCACAAGGCUGACGCCGUGUUGAGCAUGCCGUCUUCAGUGACCUCUGGCCUCCACGUGCAGCCUGCCCUGGCUGUCUCCAUGGACUUCAGCACCUAUGGGGGUCUGCUGCCCCAGGGUUUCAUCCAGAGGGAGCUGUUCAACAAGCUGGGUGAGCUGGCUGUGGGCAUGAAGUCAGAGAGCCGGACCAUCGGGGAGCAGUGCAGUGUGUGUGGGGUGGAGCUGCCUGACAACGAGGCUGUGGAGCAGCACAGAUCCAUAUUCAAAUCAUGGUUGUCAUCCUUCCUCACGAGGGGGACUGACUGGCUGAUUCACCAGCUCAGGAAGCUGCACAGUGGGAUGAAGACGUACGGGUGUGAGCUCUGCGGAAAGCGGUUCCUGGAUAGUUUGCGUCUGAGAAUGCACUUACUGGCUCAUUCAGCCGGUGCCAAAGCCUUUGUCUGUGAUCAGUGCGGUGCCCAGUUUUCGAAGGAGGACGCCCUGGAGACACACAGGCAGACCCAUACCGGCACAGACAUGGCGGUCUUCUGUCUGCUGUGCGGGAAGCGGUUCCAGGCGCAGAGCGCGCUCCAGCAGCACAUGGAGGUCCACGCAGGCGUGCGCAGCUACAUCUGCAGCGAGUGCAACCGCACCUUCCCCAGCCACACCGCCCUCAAACGCCACUUGCGCUCACACACAGGCGACCACCCGUACGAGUGUGAGUUCUGUGGCAGCUGCUUCCGGGAUGAGAGCACACUCAAGAGCCACAAACGUAUCCACACGGGCGAGAAACCCUACGAGUGCAAUGGCUGUGGCAAGAAGUUCAGCCUCAAGCACCAGCUGGAGACGCACUAUAGGGUGCACACAGGUGAGAAGCCCUUUGAGUGUAAGCUCUGCCACCAGCGCUCCCGGGACUACUCGGCCAUGAUCAAGCACCUGAGGACGCACAACGGCGCCUCGCCCUACCAGUGCACCAUCUGCACGGAGUACUGCCCCAGCCUGUCCUCCAUGCAGAAGCACAUGAAGAGCCACAAGCCCGAGGAGAUCCCGCCCGACUGGAGGAUAGAGAAGACUUACCUGUACCUGUGCUACGUGUGAGGCGAGGCCCACGGCAGUGGCGGAGGAGCGGGGAGCAAGGAAAGAAGAGUUAGGGAGGGUGAAGUCAAGGAAGGACUGUGCAAGGAAAAAAAAAGGAAAAAAGAAAGAAAAAAAAGAGGAGAAAAAGGAAACCUGAUAGCUGUCUGGCCUCGGAUUCUCUCUGGGGCUCCAGGUGACCUGGCUGCCUGACCACUGCCCCUUCCCCGGGGGCCUCCAUCCCUCCUCUCCUGCCUGGAGGUUGGCCUGGUUUUCUUGGGUGCGGGUGGAGGUGGUUUUGUUCAGCUCAGAUCUUGGCAUAUUUUUCUCUUCCCUCUACCCAGACCCUCAUUUUGUGUCCAGAAAUGGAGGCAAGAGAGGGGAUGAGGGGUCCUCUGGUCAGAGCCAAACCAUCUCUGCCUGCUGUCCUCUCACUGACUCCUCGCAAGAUGGGGGCUGGGCGGGGAGGGAAAAGAGGGCCCACAGAUGGUGUGGCUGGGCUGGGUCACUGGUUGACGCUCAAAAUGGCAGCUCUAGUUUGCUGGGGGCAGAGUGGAGUGGGGAGGGGCCCUCCUUCCCUUCUAUCGCUCAGUUCUGUUGCUUUCCUCCGCUCUGCCACAUCUGGAUGGCCCCUCAUGGUCUUCAGGAGCCUCGUGGCUCUCACCCCCUCCCCCACCCCUUGCCCCCUGCCUUCUCUUGACUCCUGCCCUCCAAGUCCUGGGAAGGCCCAGCCCCUUGUGGAUGGGUGGCCUCUCCUGCCUCCUCCAGCUCCCUAGUGGAGAAGCUGACUCCAGAGCCCCCACUCCCAUCCUUAGCUUGCUGAGAACCCGAAACAAAAUAAAUACGGAGUACCCCACCCUGGUCAAGCCCUGUCAUGAGCGAGACCCUGCUGGGCUGCUUUUGCUUCCGAAUGGAAAAACAUAACAACUAAAUACACACAAUCCCACCAAACAAACACACACAGCCCCCGGCACCCCCUGUUGCAGCCCCUGGGAGCAGGGAUCCAUGAAAGGGCGCAUUGUCCAAGGGAAGCAUGUGGAUGUCCUUCUCCAGAUGUGUCUGACACCUGGACGAGGCGACACCCUGCCCCGGGGUCGGGGUAGCUGCCAGAGGAGGGAGUUGUGGAGUCGUCCUGGGGACCCUUUGAACAUAGGGGCCCGGGGGACCCCAGACCUGGUGAGCUCAGCGGGAAAAGCCAGGUGCGGAGCGGGACAGAAUUGCUGGCUUGCAGGGCCCCCAGUCCACAGGGAAGAGGAGGAGGAGUUGAAAGCGCUUGGCCUUGUGUUAUGUUUUGCUUCUUUUCUGUGCCCCCUGUUCCCCUGUUAGCACAUUGUACUUGAAUUACCUCAGUUUUUUGUGACCUCAUGAGCUUUUUUAACCCCUGUAUCUCUUUUUUGGUUGGGGGUUGGAGGAUUGGGGAGGGUGUUCUUUUCUGUUUCUUGUGUAAAUUAAUAGUCGGUUUAAUAGACUUCAGCUGGCCGAGGCCCUCCCAUCCCCUCUCACAGCCUUCCAGCUGGAAGGAGCUGUCCAGAAGGAUCUGAACGUGAGAGCAGGGGGUCAGCAGAAGGGGGGCGGAGGGGUGGUGUAUUGGGGGGUGCUCUGGGGUCACUGUUGGCUCUGCCCUGGGUGUGAAUCAUCCUCGCCCAGCGUCGGUGCAGCCUAAAACGCUCUGGAGAAGAUCCCACCUUUCUUCCCAUUUGCUGGGUCGUUCGGGUCUGGGGGCCUGUAUCAUUCAGAUCCUUGCAACUGUGUGGUCCCACCUCCGUGUGCAUCAUCAUUGCCAAAAUUGGUCUGUUUUCAGGGCUGGUGUGGGGAUGAGCCAGCCUUUGUUGUGUUGCGUUGGGGUGGGGUGUUGUUUUUCCGAAAGCUACCUCUUAUGUUCGUCCAGUCGUUCUUCUGUUCCCUUCGCGCCUCCCGGUCUGCCGCGCUGCUCCCCCGUCCUCCCCAGCCGCCCCGCCCUGGAUUUUGGAAAGCACAUUUGCAAUAUUUGUGUUCACUUUGGGAUGGGCCCUCCUGUUUCAUCUCGUGCUUUAUUUGUUAAGAGUUGUGUUUUUUUCCUCUUUCCUUUCUCUCUCUCUGAGAAAGUUGCGGCUGCGUUUGUAUCUUAGGUUUUAAAAAGUGGUUUAGGGAAGCGGUUUUGGGGAGAAGGGUUGGGAGGAAUAUAGGGAAGUCAGAGGGAUGGGUGCUGCUGUGACCACCCCCCUGUCCCUCGGCCCCAUCCCUCCGGCCCUGCCAUCUCGCCCACCAAAUCUGAAGGCCUUAAAAAUUGUGUGUUGCGGGAAUAUGAGCUGGGGGAACUGUGUCACUAGAGUGUUGAUGGGGGAUAUAAAGUAGGCAGGAUGCUAUUUUGCAACUGUAAUAAUGACUUAGUGCUUUGGAAAGGAAAAAAAAAAAUGUUAAACUUGAAUAUGUGACUAGA